AUGUGGACAGUUUUGAUCCAUGACGCCGAGUACCUCCCAGCAUCUGAGAUUAUCAACGGCGCUUCAUGUCAUACGAUGCACCACCUUUACUUCAAUUAUAACUAUGGGCAGUUUACAACAGCCUGGGAUCGUCUUGGAGGAACUUAUCGGGAGCCCAAAGGCGAUGCUUUCAUGGAGAACCAGCAAGGCACAGAGAAGAUCGCUGAUAAAUUUGACUAG